AUGAAGUCCAGUACUUCAAAAGAAAAGUUAUGCGGCGAAAAUUCGCGGCAAAUGUACAAUAUGAUCAUCAACUCACAAAAAUCACGGUUCGAUAUUAAAGAUAUUGGAAUGUUCCAUCUAAUCGAUGAAAUUGAACGGCUCCGGAAGCUAUGGAAAGAGUCGGAAGAAUCAAAAAAACGGUUGAAUAUAGAGAUGCGAGAGACAGAAGAAGCUCUAGCAAAAGCUCGAAAGAAGUUGGCGAUGUUUGACAUCGAUGUGAAAGAUACUCAGAAGCACAUGCGCGCAUUGAUGGAGGAAAACAAGGCUUUGAAACUGGAUCUGAACGUAUAUGAGACUCGCGAGAAACAGCUUAAAGAUGCUAUGAAAAAUGGAAUUUUCAACAGUCUCACUAAGGAGGACCGUGACCAGUUUCAGUUUCUUCAUGAACCACUAGUUCGAACAUACUCGAAACGGGUGCAACAAAGACAUCCACAUUUGAUGGAGGAAACACAGGACGAGGAAGACGAUAGUGAGGUUGAUUAUGACGUAACUGGAGACAGUUUUGAAGAAGUAUAUACUCUACGAAACGGUAGAGAAGUUAGAAGAUCUUCAGCUGCUGGAAACCCAGGAGGUGCUAAAAGAAGAAGUGCAUCGGCUCACGCUGCGAGCAUUGCUGCCAACGCUAAUUCGAAAAGAAGCAGAAGCCGCGUAAUGGCGGCUACCAUAGAUGAAGAACCGAAUGAAGGAGGGACACCGCCGAAGCGCUAUCGCGAUGAUGGGGCAGCGUCUCCAACACUUCAUCAAGAAGUAACCACCACAACAACUACAACGACAACUACUGUUCAAAAUUCUGCACAACCACGCAUGUCUAUACAUCGCCAACUCACGAGAAGGAGUUUGAGCGUUGGGAGUAUCCCAUCCUGUGACCAUACUCCAGGGCAGACGACUAAUAACAACGGGAUGGGAAUGUCGUCGGCUAUUUUAACCAAAAGUACUCUGGACAUUCGUACUCUGAAACGUGGAACACCAGCCUGGACUAAUGGAACUACUCGUGACAUUGCAAUGAGGCCACAUUCGUUCGUAGAAGCCGGAAUCAAAGCGAUGAGAAAAUGCGAUAAAUGCGGAACUGCUUUGAAACUAGCAACAUCUAUGAAAUGCAGAGAUUGUCAUCAAGUCGUUCACAGGAAUUGUUGCAACAAGCUCCAUCUUCCAUGCAUACCUCGACCAAAAACGAUGAUGACACCGAAAUCAGCUGGGCGUGGGGCCAAAACGGGAGCUGGAGAAUUCCGUCUCCAAGAUUUUUGUACUGCCGCCAAACCCAUGAUUCCAGCUGUUGUUAUUCAUUGUGUCGUAGCUCUCGAAGCAAGAGGUUUGACUCAGGAGGGUAUUUAUCGUGUACCAGGAUCGACUAGAACAGUUACUAUGCUUCUUGAUGAACUGAGGUCAAAAACUGUUCCCAAUGUGAGCCUUCAUGAUGUUGAGGUUAUCACAGAUACUUUGAAAAGAUUUCUACGAGACCUGAAGGACCCAUUGAUUCCAAGAACUUCUCGUCAGGAACUGAUCGCUGCUUCGAAUUUGUACUCAACAGAUCCAGACAACGGCAGACUCGCCUUGAAUAGAGUGAUUUGCGAACUUCCACAAGCUAAUCGAGAUACGCUGGCUUAUCUAUUCAUUCAUUGGCGAAAAGUUAUUGCUCAGUCUAAUCGGAACAAAAUGAACUGUGAAGCUAUGGCACGAAUGGUUGCACCAGCUGUAAUGGGACAUCCUAUCAAGCAAUCUCAGUCUCAAGCCAUAGCUGGUCGGGAUAUGCAAGAUUGUCAUAGGGCAAUUACCGCCCUGUUUGAGUUUGAUGAUGUGUAUUGGCAAAGAUUCUUGGGAACAUCAACAUCAUCACACGCAUCUUCGAAUCAAAUAGAGAGUGCCCGUCACGAAAGUGUUGCUCUUUGCGAUCGCAGCAUUCUUGGACCUGUGACUACGUCGCCGGCUACUCCCCUGCUCUCUCGUUCUGCGAUAGCAACACGAAAUCGUGGAGCACAUCUGUUGGGACCGAUGUUCCACGAUUAG